AUGGAGCAGCCUUAUGCCGAAGCGAGUUGCGUUCUGAAGGUAAACAUUCAUUGCCAGGCAUGUAAAUAUAGGAUGCUUGAAGUUCUUGGUUCGGUUUGUGGAGAAUAUAACAUCGACAUAAACAGUGAAGAAGGAUUGGUGAAAGUUUAUGCAAUGGUUGAACCGAACCUACUUGUGAAAGCCUUAGCAAGAACCGGUUAUCAUGCCGAGGUCAAAUGGGCCAACAUCAAGCACCCCAGAUUUAGCAAAAAUUACUACGACAAUUACCAUAGCUAUCCUCAAAUCGGGUACAAUUAUGGAUCAAAUCACAACCCGUAUCCGUAUCAAUAUCAUCAUCAACAACAUGCCUUGCCCUUGCCGGAUCCAAUGGCCCACCACCAUUAUUCCGUAUCAACUCCUUAUAAUCACCAUGGAUGGGACCCGUAUAAUUACGGGUCGGACCCGUUUUAUUACAGGUCGGGCCCACCACGCGCGAGGUACGUGCCGUCUUAUCCGCCCAGGGAAAAUGACCCGUAUGAUGAUGAUGAACCCAUUAGUGGUCUAAUGCGUGCUCCAGGCCCGGACCUUUUCGACUCUAAAAACAUUGGCAGAUUUUUG